GAUAGGCCGUCUCUGAUCCGCGAAUAUCUAGAGAUGCGCGCAGUAUAAAGGUAAGGGUCCCGUUUUGACGCGAUUCAGUGCUACGUGAAACCCUUCAGAUCGCGACAGUGUUUUGUUUUUUUCUUGUUUUCUUGUUGAUCGGCGAUCAUUGACACCCUAUCAACUCAAAAUGACGCCGCUGUUUAUAGUGGGGAUACUACUGAUAUCCCCUGCUCUGACAACUCCUGAAGCUGAUCUGAAGACGAAAUGCCAAAAUGACCCUAACUGCUACUGGUGGACAGGCCAAGAUUCACCCUUCAAAAAAGCCUCAAUCAAAGGAGCCCACAUCAAGAGCCCGGUAUCUUUCAAUAACGGAAACCCCUUCUUCAAUGGGGCCUUUGAAAACCUUCCACCAAACGCUGGUUUCUCUAACCAGGGAGAGAAGGUCGACUUGAGCAAAAACCCCUUCUUCAACAAGGAUCAGAAGCCACUCUUUCCAACUGCUCAUCCAUCUCAGAUUGUUGGUAACGAGCAGCAGAAACCUGACUACUCCAAAAACCCUUUUCUGCAAAAUAUGUACACCGCAAAUGGUUCGCAACUAUCAGCCAAAAAUGGUUUCAUAGGUGUCCAACCAAAACCUUUCUCGACAAAACACCCUUUGGAAGGACAAACCCAAGGCAAAUUUGGUGAUGAUGACGAGUACACCUUGAGUCCUUCUAGCUAUACCAGGAAGUGUCAAGGUGAUGAUUUCGUCUGUGUGCCAGUGAAUCAGUGCCCUAACGGUGUCUUGCCUGAUUACAUCUCUAACAGUCUUCAAGUUAAUACGAAUGUUCCAUGUGAUUUGAGGAGCAAUGCAUGCUGCAAGAUUUCAAAUAGCAAAUCACAAGAGGUUAACGUUCAGUUCAAAGGAAACAACACAUUCAUAACUGCCGGUAAAAGCUCAGUUCCCGAAUCUCUGAUCAAGUUCGGUGGAGUCCCUGGUUUCAGUCCUGGGCUCAUUCAAGUUUUGCCAGUCGAGAUAAACAAUGCUGGAGAAUUUGGAUCUUCUCAUCAAGGAGAAAGUACCCAAAAACCUGCCAGGGAAAUUUCAGGAAGCUCAAGCAAUAAUGUGUUCGGAAGCACACCUGACUAUAGUAACUACAACUUCGAAGAUGUUAGGUUCGCUUCGUCUAUUCAAGGACCAGCUUAUUUGCCACCCCUAAAUGGUCCAACUCCACCAUCUGUAGCUUCGCCAGAUUUGGAAGUGCCAGUUUCAACUUACGUGCCAUCUUUCCCUACUCAAAGACCUACUACAAGGCCAACGCCUAAACCUUUCAUACCUAGUUAUAGCCCGAGCAUCAACAACCAAUAUGUCACACCGAAACCGAAGCAGCCGUUCAUCCAGGACUACCUACCACCAUCCACUCCUAAGCCAUAUGUACCACCAAUAACUAGAAGACCAACACCACCACAAUAUAGGCCUCAACCAUCUCCCUCUUCUCCCUUCCCUAGCCAGAAACCAUACACUCCAGUUUAUAAACCACCAACUCCUCAAAAGCCUUAUACACCUUAUGUACCAGUUCAGACUAUACCCACGCAGAAACCAUACCGACCAAGUUAUAUACCACCAAGUCCCAAACCUACAACAAGCAGGGAAUACCUUCCUCCUCCAGUUCCAACCUCUAGUAGCAACGUCAAUAAUCAGUACCGACCAUUCCCAAGUACUCAGAAGCCGUACAAUCCUCCAUCCACUAUUAGACCUCGUCCACCACCAACUUUCAUUCCACAAACGACCAAGUCUGAAUAUCUACCUCCAAGAACUCCUGCCAAAGUAAAACCUUAUCAACCAACAUACCAACCAUCAAGUUUGUCACCAUUUACAUCUCCAUCAUACAGACCUACACCAGGAUAUUCUUACCAACCACCAGCCACCACUCCAAGACCAAAACCAACUGUAAUCUAUCAAACAAGUCCAUCUAUUCCUCAAAGCACAUACAGUAAGGUUACACCAGGAUAUACUUACGAAAAGCCUACUCCAGCAUAUACUUAUCCUAAACCAACACCAGGGUAUACAUAUCCAAAACCAACGCCAAGUUUCGGUUAUCCAACUCGUAAACCACAGCCAACAACCCAAAGACCUUUGAUUCCCUCAUCCACUUUCAACAUACAAAGCACCUACAGGCCUUCACCAACUUUCAUCAACACACAAAAAACUUCACCAAGACCUCAACCAACUGCUGGAUACGAAUAUCCAAAACCUACGCCUGAAUUCAAUCUUCCUACAGGAUCUCCUACCUCUAUUUCCCCAACAUAUAGACCUUAUCCAACCACGCAGAGACCAAGAACUAGGCCAACUCAGUAUCUACCCCCUUCAACACCUCCACAACCAACUCCUGGAUACAACUAUCCCAAACCCACACCAACCUUCGGUUAUCCUGAUAUAGGAGCUCCUUCUAGUACCAACAAUCAAUACAUACCUCCACCACAAGACAAAGAGGGUUCUGACACUUCAGACACUUCCGUCAAAGUUCGACCAAGACCUGAACCAAGACCUGACCAAACCAUUCAGAAUGAAAAUGUGAUACCUCCCGCUGCUUGUGCUGCAGCGUUGAAGUGUGUACAGGAAAUUUAUUGCACAGCUGAGGGAGUUGUGAGCCCUGUGCCUGUAGUUCUAACAAAAGAACAAGCAUUGAGCAGAGUUCCGACAACGGUGUGUAGAGACAUUGGAUCUGGUACUACUGGAGUAUGUUGUAGAGAUCCAAAUUACAAAGAUCCAUGGCCUUCUGCAAACUUAGUCAAUGGUUUCGACGACGGUCAGUACAAAGAAGACGACAGUAUUGGACAGUAUAAUGUUGCGCUUAACGACAUCGCUCAGUAUAGGAGUGAUCUUUCAAGGCCUUCUAGAUCAAGCUCAGGAAACUCGAGAAGGUCGAUAUCAAGUGAACUUAAUGGAUCAAAUGGAAAUCUAGGGAACCAAGAAGAAACAUGUGGUGUUAGACAUCAGAACACUUCACCAAAAGGUCCCGGUCCAUUGAACACCAAUUUCGCAGAAAUUCCAUGGCAAGCUAUGAUUCUGCGUGAUUCUAACAGAAGCUUGCUUUGUGGAGGAGCUAUCAUCAGAAGAAACGCUGUCCUUACAAAUGCUCACUGCGUAGAAGGACUUCCAACAAGCGAUAUUUUGGUUAAGGGUGGAGAAUGGAAACUUGGUAUCGAUGAAGAACCACUGCCAUUCCAAAUAGUCAAAGUAUCUGUUAUUGUUAAACAUCCAGGAUACAAGCCUGGCUCUUUAGUAAACGAUCUGGCCCUCUUGAUCCUUGAAGAGAAACUGAGACCUGCUAAGAAUAUUGGUACCAUUUGUCUACCAGAACCAAAUAAAAUUCCCACAAGGAAUUGUAUUGCAACUGGUUGGGGAAAGAGGAUUUUACAAUUGCAUGCUAAAGGAGCAGUUAUGAGGUCUGUUGGUGUGAACAUCAUGGACAAUGAGCAAUGCAGAGAUACUCUUAGAAGUACAUACCAGGAUAUGAUGCCAAAUUACAGUCCAAACACACUUUGCGGAUUUUCUGAGAAGGACCAAUGCAAGGUCGACUACGGAAGUGCUUUAGCUUGUACGAAUGACCAGAGCAGGUACAUCUUAUCAGGUAUAUACUCAUGGGACACUGGCUGCAAGGACCAGAACCAGAUCGGAGGUUACGUAGCCCCUGAUGUAGAAUGGAUCAACGACUGCCUUUCGAAGCCUGUGAAGGUGCUCAAAAAACUGCCGACUGCGCAAUAACGAAAUCGAAAGAUAAGCGACACGUGAUUUUAGAAGAUAAAUAAAUGAGAUAAGAACGAAAAGAAGAGUGCAAGAAGAAAGUUUGAAUUUCAACAAAUAGACUAAGUUAAUUAUAAAAACCAUACAUAUAUAAAAUCAUUCUUUCAACUAGUCUUAAUCUUUAACAUGAUAUUCUCAAUAUUGUAACAUCUUUUUAGUUUAAUUCAUCUUUCAUGUGCCCAUUUCAUAAGCGAAAAUUUUCAUAUUAUUUAUUUUUUUACGUGAAGAGGUAGCGAAGACUUCUGAACUGUAAUGAAAGAAGAAUAUUGCCUAUUUUUAGUCUGUAAAUAUCGUUUUUGCUAAUACUCAACUCAUGAUUCGUCCGAUGUAUCAUCAAGAAAAACAUCGAUGGUUUAAAAAAUGAGAACUGUUUUUGAGCAAAUUAGUGUCGAAAUGUUAUUGUGAGUCUUGUGUAUAAAAUAUAUUCGUUGUAAGUAUUUUAUAGUUCAGAUUAAGAUUGAUCAUGUGAAUAUAUUCUGAGAUAAAAAAUAAAGUAUGAAAAAACAUAAA